UAAGCACCACUUCUUUCCAUCUUAAAACCUUGCUCUUGCAUCUUCUUACACUACAACCCCACACAUAUACUCAACAGAUCCACCAUCUAAAACAAAAAUGUCACCAAGAUUUCGAAAACUGUUAACUCAACCCAAGUUCUGGAGAAGUGUGGGAUUUGUGUCGAGUGUUAUUGGGAUGCUGUGUUAUGCGUGGGCCCUGGUUUUAGACCACUUUGGAGAAAAGUAUCACAUUUUGAAGAUCUCUCUUUACGGCGUGGUGAGUUUCACAGUCAUCUGUGUUAUGCUAUUUCCAAAGGUAUUGCGGUUUACAAAGAGUUUCUUGUUGAAAGCUCUAGUGGGACUUUUGGCUUUGAUGCUAACUUCUCUGUACAAUUUUUUCAGUGAUAAAGACUCAAAUACAAAAAUAUGUGUGCUUAGCUUAAUUUCUAAUGCGUCAUUUGCUUUAAUGUUAUUGAGCUUGUCAAAGCAAAAUGACCUUGGGUUUGAACCGGAACUGCUUAAUUUUUAUCUUGGGUGUCUUACAAUACAACUAAUGAAGGUAAACUUGUGGUUCAUUUUGGUUGGAGCAACUUAUUGUUAUUUUCUCAACGUUCUUCACUCGCAUUCAGACUUCAAGCUAGAGAUUGGAAGAGACAGUGGCCACGAAGAGCACGUGGCAAUUGAAAUUGACACUGCCAUGGGAGAAGAAAGAGAAGCCAACACUGAUCACAUAGAACAACUCUAUUUCUUUCUGGGAAUUGAUAUUAAAAAUGAUGAUGAGGACACAGUUUUGUACCCUCAUGAUCUAGAAAUCAAACUUGUGGAGGCAAUGGUUUCAGGGUUUGAGCAAGAGCACUGUUACCAUGUUUUCUGUGGUUGGCGAAGACAAUUCUUGGAGGAAAAGUUGUUACAGAACCUCAUAAGCAUCGAAGACGUUCACAAGAUGCCACUGAAAUAUCUUAAAGACAAAAUUGAACGAUGGGUCCAAGCUUCCAAAGAUGCUUUCAGGUCACUAUUCCCGAAUGAACGGGAUCUCAGUAAUCGUGUUUUCGGGUUCUCUCCUUUUGCAGAUCGUUCUUUCAUGGUGAUUUGCAAUGACCCCACAAUUUAUCUGCUGAAUUUCGCCAAUGCUGUGGCUAGUACAAGCCGAUCACCAGAGCGUUUGUUCAGAAUACUAGUAGUCUAUGAGAAUCUCAAUGAACUUUUGCCUGAUUUGGAGUCAUUGUUCUCAGGUGAUGAUGAGUGGUGUGUGGUUCUUUUGAAUGAGGCAAAAAGAAUCUAUAAAGGGUUGAGAGAAGCUAUUAGAGGGGUUUUUAUGGAGAUGGAAAAUCUAAUUCGUCAGGACCCAGCAAAGGUAGUUGUUUUAGGUGGUGGGCUUCAUCCAACAAACCGCUAUGUUAUGAACUACCUCUUUGGCGCUUGUCAAUGUUGGAAGACCCUUGAGCUUGCUUUUGAGGAUGAAGGGUCACCUUCUUCUUCAUUGUCUAUUCAGGUGGCUCAGAUUUUGGACUUGUUGGAGAGAAACUUGAAAGCCAACUCCAAAAUUUACAAGGACUCUUCCUUGUGCUCAAUUUUCAUGAUGAACAAUUGGAGGUACAUAGUUCACAAGGUGGAAAAAUGUGAACUAAGAAGAGUGUUCGGAGAAGACUGGAUUCAAAACCACGUAGUGAAAAUGGGUCAACACCUUGUGAACUACCAAAGAAAUUCGUGGAAUCAGGUACUUGGCAUAUUGAAUGUAGAACCUGAUGAAUCUGCAGAAUCGUGGAAAGAAAAGCUCAAUAUGUUGAAGUUGAUAUUAGAGGAGAUAAGUCAAAUGCAGGGAACGUGGGUUGUUAUUGAUGACCAGAUAAGAGAAGUGAUAAGAAGAUGUUUGAAGAAAACUUUGUUGCCAGCGUUUGAAAAUUUCAUUGAAAGAGUCCAAAACGCUGGGGAUUAUCGAGGAGGUGUCGGCAUGAAUGAGGAUUUUGGGGUCCAUGAUGUUGUGGCUCUUGUAGAAAAGCUGUUCCAGGGAAAAGACGAGCACCGAAAACCCAGAGUUAUUCAGCCAACAUGGACGGUGGUCAUGCCCAAUACACAAGAUUUUCAUGAAUGGGUGAAGUACGCUCAGAAGACAAUCCUUAGUUCUACUUACCCAAGAAAAUACUACAAGUGCAUCUACAAGAAUGAUCAAGGUUGUCGAGCAAGAAAACACGUUCAACAAACACAAGACAAUCCAAAGAUGUACACGACUAGCUACUCUGGUUUUCAUACAUGCAAUGUGCGUCCAUAAAUGCCCCAUAAUCUCGCGAAACAUUUACUGUUUAUUGCUUUAUACAAACUCACUUGUGCUAUAUGUAUGUAUAUAUUUUGGGAAGAACUAGCAAGUUACAAAGUAUUUUAAUAAAUCUUAAAUUAUAAUUUGCU